AUGAAGUCGGGCCUAAAAGGCUUAAACAAGUUACUCAAAGCCAUAGGGCUGACACCCGCGAGCACAACUGCUAACACCAAACCAACCACUCUGAAAGACCAUGACCAGAUCAAAGCAAUCAUAGAGCCCUUCAGACAGAUUUGGACGACUGUUCUAGAGAAUGUUGAACACGAUUGCGUGAAGAACUUCUUUACCGCUCAGAAAGGCGAUGUCACUCACUACUAUGUCAACAUCGCAACAGAUUCGAAUGGAGACCCAGUUACCGCAAAAGGCCGUGCAGCAUUCCCACCAAGCGUACCUAACGAUCUGCAAACAGCCCUUAUGAAGCUCGACCAAUGCGACAGGAGUGUAUUUUGUUUCCUAUCAUGGAUCCAAGAGGCGCUUCGACCCCUAGGCGCAACGGCAGAAUGGGUCAUCAUCUACCCAUCUCGACAUACCAAAAUCCAUGUCAGCUCCGACCCAGACCACAAUGACGAUGUUCUCCACUCGGUAUUCGCAAUCACUACUGCCAACCGCGAGCAUUACUAUGCUGACUUUACGCAAGAACAGUUUGGGUUUGAUGCGACAGACUGGUUUGCCCAGAGAGAAGACUACCUUGCGAGACAUGCGUAUGGCAUUGCGCGUAUUGCCUCACAUGAGGAUGAGACUCACACAGGACAGCAAGCUUUUCAUUCAAGGAAGGAGUUCGAGCUUGGUAUCUAUAUCUACGCCGCUUGCGAAGAGAUUAGUUGGCCUGCUUACCGUAAGCUUCCGGCUGACGAACGUAUGUCUUGGGUCGAUGCUCACACUGAAAAGAUCAUUAAGGGGAAGGAUAUCGAUAAGCUUUGGAAGGAAGGAUGGGUGAGCGACGACGACGAUGAGGCUGACGAUGCAUGA